AUGGAAGAGGGAUCUCGACGCUCACUGGCCAACGAUCUGGAGGUGGCGGUGGAGGUGGAUGCUCAUGGCGAAUGGCAGGUGGUCUAUCCCAAAGGGAUCUGCCAGCUGCCAGAAGCCUGCGAUCGCUUUCAGAUUCGCCUGAGGGAGGUCCCUGCGGUUGCUGUCACGGCGGGCAACGUCGGAGGGCCCAAAGAGUGCAAGGUCUCUGACCUGGAGGAGUUCCAUGCAGCUGCACAGACCUGGCUGGAAGAGGAGAGAAGGGCCGUCGAGCAGGAAGAGGAGCAGGGAAGAAGAAGGAGGCAGCUGCAGCAGAAGAAGUUUGAUUGGCUCUUCUUGCAGCAGACGCCUCGGCUCAUGGCCCGCGUCUACAGGGUGGAGAGGCUUUCAUGGUAUCUGCCCUUGCUGGUGCCUCUUUAUGGAGGUAUGGUUGCGAUCAACUACCGGGUGGUCCCGUAUGGCACUGUGGAGGAGUCGGACUGGACCGUUUCGCUUCUGGUGAUGGUCGGCAUGGGCGUUUGCUUCUUCUGCGUCCCUUGGGUCGUUCCGCAGAUCAUCAGAAGCGAUCGCUGUUUGGUUGCGACUUCCGUUUUCUCCGGCCUCCUCAUCUUCCUCGUGGCCCUCCCCUUGGAGCUGCUGCGCCUCGUCUACCCUGUGGCCUUCUCCCCUUUCGCUGGCCUGCUGAUACAGGCACAGACGGCGGAAAUCCAGAGCCGCACGAAGGAGCAGACCAUCGUCUUCGAGGGCACCGUAAGCCCAGAGCUUUUUCUGGCCAGCGGGGAAGGAGAGGCCGUGACUUUAGAGAUUUGUCUUAGGCGCGGCAAAGCCUGCGUGGUGUCCUGGCCCGGAAAAUAUGCCACGGCUUGGGAUCAUUUGGUGCAGAGCGCUCGUGGUGGACAGACAAGUGCAGCGGUCUUAGCAGCGGUGGUGUUCUUGCCCGAAGGCACUCCUCACUACGGGCAGCACAUCCGCAUACCCGGGAGCGAGAGGAAUGUGGAGAGCGCCGUCCGCUAUGGAGCUGAGCUCCACGUCUACUUCUUCGAGGGCGCCCGCGGCAAGGGCAAAGUUGCAAGCUUCGCCUCGGCCGGCUCGGAAUAUCUGAAACGGGAAGCCUUGUGGAAGGAGUUCCAGGACUCCGAGACGUUGAAGGAUGCAAAGGCUGCAGGGCUCGAGAACCUCUGCGACAAGAAGCGGUAUGACUCAUCUUCCAAGUACAGCCGAGAGGAGCGUCGCCUCUUCUUGCAGUGGCUCUCUUUUGAAGAUCGGAAGCUGCUGGAGGAGGGCCUCGGCAACUCGCAGAAAGCCGAGGUAGCCUGGCUUGAGAGGAAGGGCUACAGAUACACAGAGGUGGACAUCGCAAGCUGGCUAAGGCCGGCUGCCAAGUCAUAUUUCCCCUCUGGGCCUCUGCCAGCAAUGGAAGCUUGGAAGAUCCAUCCGCAAUAA